GAAAUCACAUGCUCUGCAAUCUCUUUAAGACUCUAUACUGAUCCAACAAAACUAGGAAAUCAGCAGGCUGCAACUGAGCCUUUGAGGCAUUCAGCACUGAGACUCUGAACUGCCAUGGCAACCACUCUGCAAGCAGUUCCACCGCGUCUCACCACCUUGCGCAGGCGCAGAAAAAACAGCGCGGUGAGCAGAGGGAAACCAGGGGACGCAUAGGUUGCUGGGAGUCGUAGGCCAAGCGGACCCAGAGCCACAGUCGCCCUGAAGUAGCUGUUGCAUUCUGGGAGUAGUAGGCAAAGUAGCCUCAAAGCCUUAUGGGAGUCGUAGUCUCAGAGCCACUUCCGUAUCGGAUUACGCGUGGUUGCUAGUUUGAAGGUUUUUGAGCUGCGUCCCGCUCAGGAGACGCCGCGCCCCGUGACCCCGUGAUGCCCGCCCCGACCUGCGCCUCCUGCCACGCGGCCCGCGCCGCCCUCCGCCGCCCACGCUCGGGGCAGGCGCUGUGCGGACCCUGCUUCUGCGCCGCCUUCGAGGCCGAGGUGCUGCACACGGUGGUCGCGGGCCGCCUGCUACCGCCCGGCGCCGUGGUGGCUGUGGGCGCCUCGGGCGGCAAGGACUCCACCGUGCUCGCGCACGUGCUACGGGAGCUCGCGCCGCGCCUGGACGUCGCGCUGCGCCUCGUGGCCGUGGACGAGGGCAUCGGCGGCUACCGCGACGAGGCGCUGGCGGCUGUGCGACGCCAGGCGGCGCGCUGGGAGCUGCCGCUCACCGUCGUGGCCUACGAGGACCUCUUCAGGGGCUGGACGAUGGACGCCGUGGCCCGCAGCACGGCCGGCACCGGCCGCGGCCGCUCCUGCUGCACCUUCUGCGGGGUGCUGCGGCGCCGAGCGCUGGAGGAAGGGGCGCGCCUCGUGGGAGCCACGCACAUCGUGACCGGCCACAACGCCGACGACAUGGCCGAGACGGUGCUCAUGAACUUCCUGCGCGGCGACGCGGCACGGCUGGCCCGGGGCGGGGGCCUGGGCUCUCGGGGCGAGGGGGGCGCCCUGCCGCGCUGCCGCCCGCUGCAGUUCGCCUCGCAGAAGGAGGUGGUGCUGUACGCGCACUUCCGCCGCCUCGACUACUUCUCCGAGGAGUGCGUGUACGCGCCCGAGGCCUUCCGCGGCCACGCGCGCGACCUGCUCAAGCGCCUGGAGGCGGUGCGGCCCACGGCGGCGCUGGACCUCGUGCACUCGGCCGAGCGCCUGGCGCUGGCCCCGGCCGUGCGGCCCCCGCGGCCCGGCGCCUGCUCCCGCUGCGGGGCGCUGGCCAGCCGCGCGCUCUGCCAGGCCUGCGCACUGCUGGACGGCCUGGCCCGCGGCCGGCCCCGCCUGGCCAUCGGCGAGCGCGAGCACCGAGGCGGAGGGGACGCGGAGGGGACGCGGGGCCGCGCCCGAGCCGCCGUGGAGGCCGCCGCCGCCGCCCUAUAGGGCCCGGGACUCCGAAGAAAGGGGAGCUGCCUCGGCCCGGCCCCCACGCGGGCUUGGGAGGGGACGGGCCGUGACCUUGUGACCCAGACCUGUGAGCUUGCUGAGCGCCGCUGUGGGGUCUGCGCAGCUCAGGGUGGCCCUGUGCCCGGCCCUGCGCUGACAUCGGGAAAGUCACCCGCAGGGUGGCUCGUGGCCUUCACAGUCGCUGUCUGGACGCCUCUGCCCGUGCCUCCCGCCCAGCAGGCUGCUCCUCGCCUCGUCCCCCACCCCACGUGGCUCCACGGCGCCCUGAUGUUAUGGGGACCCCCCCCCAUCCGCAUCCUUCCCCACCUGAACCUCGCCUGGCGCCUCCGUGGCUUUGGAGGCUUUGGAGGCGGAGGUGGGUGAGCCUGGGCUAGUGACUAAACCCCACUGAUCCUCCCUGUUCUCCUCUGAGAAUAAAAUCAAGUCGCUGUGGGAA